AUGCUCAGUGUAUUCCAGACUCGCUUUCAGCGUCUAGAGACAGCACUGAACACGCUGGUCGAAUCCGUUGCAGCUUACAAUCCCUCUAUAUCGGCGGCAGACGCACUCGUCGCCGCAGACGAGGACUUGGACGAGAGCUUGGAACAGCGUGCGCUCCACCACUCUCUAUCGUCACUGAUCUAA